AUGGUAUUUGACGGCCCUGGAGAAGAGCUAGCAGUCGUCGCCCUUUGGAUUAAGGUACACUCUGUCUACUUCUCUGGUUACUUUUCCUUAUUCCCUAGCAAUAACAAAUAUGUGAACAAAUCGCGACGAAGUUUUGCGUUUCUUUAGUUGAAUAAGUUAGCGUCAAAAUAAAAAUUGUUUCCAGGAGUCAAUUUUUUUACAACAAAAUGCGAUUUAUAUGACCCUCCGAAGAUAAAAAAAAUCAUAAUACUUCAUGGUUAAAAAUUAAAAUUGCUGUUAGUCAAUUUAUACAAGAAUACCUCUAUUGUGUCCUUAUAAAUUUAAAAAAAAAAUGGAGUGGGUAAAGAGACUUUCUAGCUCCAGGUUUUUUCACCGAAUAUCCCUGCCGCUAAAAAUUGAUCUACGGAAGAAUGGAUAUUUAAUUGUUCAAAAAAAUUAAUUAAAUAAAUUGGCAAUAACGAAUAUUAUUAUAUGGCUGAGUCUGUUUUUGCCAUGCGAUUGGUCAAUUUGCGAUCCGUAACUUGCUAUACGGACCAAAAUUUCUAAAGAAAAUACUCAUUUCGGAAAUCUAAAUCUAUUUACCUCGGAAAAAAGGUUUAAAUAAAGUGAUACGACGCCUGUCAACCUUGAGGACUUGGAUGUUGACUUUGGCCUUCAACAUUUUACACUGUGUUUAUUUGUGAACGAAGGCGAUGAUGGAACUAACUCUUAAUCUUACCGAAGAGGAUUCUAUUCAGUGUUGAAAAUGUUAUCGCAGUAUUCAGUUAAGAAGACGAAAAUCAACUGGUAGAGAUUCGAGAUGUUUUACCUAAGGGAAAAUGAGUAAUUCGUUCUGCAAAUAUGAUAACAAACUUACCUCAGGGGCACCCAACGAGAAUAUAGUUGAAAACCACAUAAACAUAGCAUUGUUGAACGUACUUUAGUAUUUAAACGGUAGAUAAAGGCUUAUUUCUAUCCCCUAAAAAUUUUUCAUCUGUUCGGAUUUCCUAGCUGAAAGUAUAGUGAUCCGAAAAUUAUAGGGAUCAAAAUUUAACUUUUCGAAAAUUUCAGCCAGAAAAAAGGCUUCCGAAAAUUCUAGGUGACCUUUUUAGGGUAAAAAUCCGUUACAAAUGGGCAAUUAUACCACUUUUUUGAUGUUCGAAAAUCCUAGGAGGGGCAGGUAAGCAAGAAACUUUACAGAAAAUGAUCCGAAAAUUCUAGAUCUCAAAUCGUCUUCCGAACAGAUAAUUUUCCGAACAUUGUCGUUGGGUGCCCCUGUUACCUGCACCCGAUCAUCUUGACAAGCUUCUUUACCACUUGCAGUGUUUUUUCAAAGACCAACGAAAGAUAGAAGCAAGUUCGAGCCAGACACAACGUCCAGUUUUCAAAAGACUCCAGCGUCACAUUGACGAGUGAAUACUUACAGUGCUCUUAGUUUUGACAGAAUCAACUUUAAAAUAUGUCUGUAAACCCUGAGGACCAGGAUGUUGACUUUGCCUUUCCAACUUUUUACCUAGCUUUGUUUUAAUGAGAACGAAGCUGAUGUAGAAACUGAAUCGUAACCUCACCGAGGAAGAGAAUGCUACUCAGUGUUUGAAAAUUUUAACGCAGAUCAAAAUUGAAGACGAGAAGGAACUGGCAGAAAGAGAGGUUUUCCCAAAAACAAUAAACGAGCGAAUCCUUCGACAAUGACAACAAACUUACCUUGAAAAGCUUCUUUUCCUUUUGCAGUGUUUUAUUUACAAGGACAAACAGAGGAAAGACGGAAACGACUUCUAGACAGACAGUGUCCGGUUUCCAAAAUAUUCCAGCGUUACAUUAAGGGGGCUAAAACUUACAGUGCUCUUAGUUUUGACCGAAUAAACUUUUUCAACAUGGCGAAUUUGUUUUUAGUUCCUCGGAAAGCCUUUGUUAUGUGCUAUUGUUUUCGUGCGCCAAUAAAAACUUUCUUUUUUGACGCCUGUCAAAAGACUGUGCGUCCUGCACCUUUGUUUCCGGUCCCCCAAAACACGAAGAAGCCAUAUAAUAAACGUCUUAUUAGCCUCGUUUUUUCGGUCCGUACUGUAAAUUACGGAUCCUCGUUUUUUUCCAUCGAUUUAUGACCCGCGAGCUCCGUGCUUGGGCCAUAAAUCGAUGGAAAAAAAACUCGGUCCGUAAUUUACAGUACGGACCGAAAACUCGGCUAAUAAGGGGUAUAUAUUUCAGCUUCCUUGGCUGCAUCUACGUAAAAUGUAGAAGUAGAAGGGCGAUAAAUAAAAGGUUGCAAAUCACAUAAAGUUCGAUCCAUUGAACUAUUUACAGGCGCCCUCCAAAGGAAACAAAAUUUUUGGAAAGUUAGCAACUCUGACACAAUACAUCCUCCAAGUUGGUAGGUAUAUCAGAAUACUUAAAAAAGGUUAAAAACGAAGAACAUGUGAACAAAUCCUUACUGUCCCUUCUCGCUUUUAUUCUGUGUUUACUGGCAAUCGGCGACGCCCGCCUUCUUCUUCCUACACUUGCACAGUUUAUCAGCAAUAAUUUUAUCCUUUAAGUUCCAAUAUCCACGGACAAAUUCUCCAGACCGAUCUUCAUGCAUUUCCUUAAAGAAUAGGUCGAGAGAUUUGAAAAAAAGAUGAACGCAGUUUCUGUUUGGCAAUCAUUUUAUUAAUUCACUGCCCCCAAGAUUUAUUUUACACCAAAUUUACUCAGUGCAAAUAUGGUGCAUGAACAAAGUGCAAUUUACAGUUAAAUCAAGGGCAGAGAUGUUAAAUACCUCAUUUACCCUCAAAUUUACAACCCAUGUCAAUUGGGAUGCAAAUGAGGUAUUUUUAGCAUCUUUGCCUUUGAUUCCCUCCUAGAUGGACUUUUUUGCGCUAUAUUUGCCGUGAGCAAAUCUGUGUAAAUCUAAUUUUUCCUUCAGUGAUUAUGACCUUUCCUUUUGUUUGUGCAUUAAUAUUACUUGUAAAAUUGAAGAUGAUGUUGGUUAGGCCCUGGGAUAUAAAGGGUUUAUCUUCUGAUGUCACUGCUGAGUAAGGGAGGAUGUCGUUGCUCUCGUUGCUUACAUGAUAUAAUUUAAUUUUAGUUUGGUACAAUUUUAGUUAUAUCUUGUUAUUUUACUAUGUUAAAAAAUCACUAAAAUAUCAAGAAAAAUAAUUAUAGUACAAAAGGUGAACUAACAAAUGAAAAUUAUUGAGCUGCAUUUGGGAAACUUUGAGGAGCUCAAAUUUGCCAAAAGAAUUUUUAAACAAGACUUGAGAACACGUCAGAUCUCUGCCUCGUUUGUAGAAAACGCGGCUGCGAGCGAGCAAGGUCUCUGGGAAGGGUCGGAGUUUUCUACUUCGCUUUUCCCAUGAUCCCUUGCGCGGAACUAAAAUCACUCCAAUCGAUCUCGAUUACGUAUCCCGGCGGUAAGCGCGCCUGACGAGGUUCGAGGCAGCUGAAAUAUUUAACUUGCAGAACGAUGUGUGGCUCAGCUGCUUGAACGUUUAAGGAAACCAUUUAAUGUCACCCUAUUUUACAGGUAAAACUCAUACUGUUGACAAGACCGAUGGAAUUUAUCUCAUGGAUCUGAUUCCCCAAAAUUGUUCAAACGGUAAUGGCAAUGGUAAUGGCAACGGUUAUGGCAAUGGUAAUGGCAACGGUUAUGGCAAUGGUAAUGGCAACGGUAAUGGCAAUGGUAAUGGCAAAGGUAAUGGCAACGGUUAUGGCAAUGGUAAUGGCAAUGGUUAUGGCAAUGGUAAUGGCAAAGGUAAUGGCAACGGUUAUGGCAAUGGUAAUGGCAAUGGUUAUGGCAAUGGUAAUGGCAAUGGUAAUGGCAAUGGUGGUAAUGGCAAUGGUAAUGGCAAUGGUAAUGGCAACGGUAAUGGCAAUGGUAAUGGUAAUGGCAAUGGCGGCAAUGGCCACGGCAAUAAUAAGGAUCCCAAAAGUUUGACUUUAGAAUGUUACUACAGUUACGAAGGUUCCCUCACUACGCCUCCUUGCUUUGAAACUGUACACUGGAUAGUUGUUAAAGACUAUCUCCUUGCCUCUACCAACCAGGUAUGUAAUGCUCACUAAUAUAAAUAACUUAGUUUUACAACUGAGAGGAUAUGGCACUCUACAAGUAUACUAGAGUGAUUAUACUUGAACCGUGUAAAAGGUAGAAGAAUGCUACGCACUAUUUUACACUAAUUCUGUUGUCUUUUUUUGUUUACCUCUUGCUUUCUUGCAUUAUUCGUUAGUAUCCGUUUCACGGUUCAAGUAAAAUCACUUUAAGAUACGGAAUCUGGUUAAGACCGGUCAGUGUCACAAUAGCGAUGACCGGAGCCAAUUUUAGGCAUGUAUUGCGUUAAUUACUAUCCAGACCAUUACAGGAUACAUUGAAAUUAUUGCCAAUGCACUACCAAAAACUGGGUUUAAAACAGUCUAUCAUGCAUCGUACGUUAAAUUUUCUUAUCACACCGGCGUCUUUACUUUUAAGUUGCAUAGCUAUAGACAUCGAUAAUGUUAGUUCAAAUUGUGCUAGAAACAAUUAACUUAAACCAGAUGAUGGGUCGUAAGUUUCCUUACGUGAUAUAUUUUUCGGUUUUUCAGCUUAACAAGUUCAGGAAACUUAAGGGUGAACAUGGUAGAAAGCCUCCACUCAUGUGCGACAACUACAGACCAAUCCAACCACUGAAUGGCCGCACUGUUUACUCCAACAGAAAUAACGAUUAGUACCAACUCCAUGUGUAAUGAUCAGAAACAGAUGAAGAAAACGCUAGCAGUAAUCAUAAUGGUAAACAUAAACAGGCACUGUAACAUUUGUUUAGUCAAACCCCGUUAAUACGGACACUCUCAACACUCAGGGGGCAUAGAAAGACUGUCGCGAAAGGGGUGUCCUUAUUAAGGAGGUUGAAUAGAAAGGAGAAGUGUGACAUCAAGUUACCAUAGUAGCCAAAUUUCUGGAUAGCAGCAAUAGGGCCGAGAUUAAGCAACGACGCGCGACGGCGACAGUAACGUGAACGACAUUUCUUAUCGACAUGAAACUUCCUAAUUUCACGCGCCCGCUUUGCGGAGUAGGUGAACACAACACAAAAAGUUACUUUUUCUUUUUCUAAACUCAGAUGGGGUCCUUUCGGAUUAAAUCCAGAAAAUUUCGCCAACAUUUGACAAAUUAAACGAAAUUGAAUAAGAUCGAUGAAGUUUGAAAUAAUGCGAAUUUACUUUUUAAGUGAAUUUUCGGUUUGUUGUCAUGCAAAAAUUUUGCUACCAUGGCGACGUGACGUACGACUUCUCCUCUCUGUUUAGGGAAAAUAUAAGGGCGUUUUUCCCCAGGGAAAAAGCAAACAGCUCGUAAUAAUGAGAUGUUCGUAUUGAGCGGGUAUCGUAAAGCGGGGUUUGACUGUAUCUAAAAAGCAACCGUAAGAGACAUUUUUUAGGGAUUAUACUAAAAGGAAACCUGAAAUUGCCAGGAACAGCCAACGACCGCUUUACCAAAUUGAUUCUAUGAAUAGCCUGUUCAAGCGUAUUUAGUGCUCGGAAAAAGCAGUCCGGUUUAUAUCAAGAGAACCUCAUUUCCCAGGUAACCUAGGAUCACUCUUCCAGCUGAGUCAACUUAAACGAGCGUUUAUAAAGUUGACCCGGCUUGGUGGGUCUCUUUUCUAAUCUGGUUCGCCACGUUUUGUAAUGAGAUGUAUGAAAUGUUAGUUGGCUCAUCCGCCAGGCAGGGUAGCUCGCCAGUCGGGUAGGCAAGUGACUCUUGUACUUGCGACACCUUUUCUCCAUAUAAACGGUGCCUAAGCGCUGCAACUUUUUAUAUAUCUUUUCGGUCAUCAGAUGGUAAGCUUUUACGCCUUGUCCAAUUUACUAGGCUUAUCCUUAAGACUUUGACCUUGGAUUCUUGAGUAGUAAGUUUUACUUUUGACUAAUUAACCUUUAAAAAUUUGAAAUAGUGAAAUCUUUCUGAAACCAAUUUCCGUCACUGUUUUUAAAACCGAAAAUUGUAGGAGUUGAUUUAAUACGAAUGAUGGCGAAUCUAGGAAGUAAAUGUAAAAACCCAGUUUUCCAUAAUUCAGAUAAAUGGAGUAGUUAUUCUCGGCUGAUUACAGAAAACGGUCGUUGGGUGUUGGGUGUGUUGGCGACGAUAUCGCUUUUAACGCAAUUGAUUCUAAUUUUAAUUGUCACUGAUGUAUUUAGUUUGUUUGUUUAGUCAAUAAACUGUUGGUGGGAAAGAUAACGAGGUCGGCUUUUUAGACACCGUAAUUUAUACCAGCUGAAUAUCUUGGCUGUCUUCAGCCUGGACUCCACAUAACUCCGUUCUCGUCCAGGGGUUUGUACUACAGUUCACGCUUUGAGGCUGGUUUAAAAACAAGCCAGCAAAGAGGACGCAUGCUUAUUUUGUUGCAUUGACGUCUAAGUGACUCGUAACUUAUACCCAUCCCUCCCAAGGUUUAACUUAACCUCGACUUAUUUUAAAAUAGACCUCUUUAGCUCGUCUGUUUUGUUUCCCCAAUGAAGGUCUCCAGAGAAUUCGCCACUUUGUCUUUUCAAAAAAUCAUGCGUGUAUACGCACUGGAAUAAGUUCACUAUGACCGACAUUCGGAAGAUAAAAGAUAUAACAGGAUAAAGAGGCCUAAAUGCCAUAGUUUCCGUUAUGUUUACGAGUGUUUUGACAGUGUCGUUUUAAAGAGGGCAGUAAAAAACAAAUCACAAAAUUACUUAGUGGGCGCAUGCGCCGACGAAAUCGCAUUUUACUUGAUGCUCAGCCACAAUGAAUAAUACAUUUCUUCUGUUUUGUUCCCGUAAGACUCAGAACCAAUUAUGAACUUUAUUUUAAUAUAUCGAAAUUGGUCUGUUAUUUUCUUGUAAAUCAAACACUUUUCUGUUGCCCUCAUUUUCAAAAAGAGGCUUAAAGCAAAUUUCCAGACGUAGCUUAAAAGAUCCUGGCAUUGCUCAUCCUUGACCUUGGAGUUUAAUACUUGCAUAAUAUCUCCAGUCUUACGGUCUCGUCAUUUUAAAGUAGUGAAUUAAACUUGCUGAGUCGAGAGCCUCAAUGCUUUUAAAAUAUUACGGGAUCGUGAGACUUGAGUUAUUAUACAAAAGUAGAAUAUAUAGCCUUUACGUUCAAAAUGGCUCCUUGCGCAUGCUCGAACAAAAUUGUCAUUGACAAAUGUCACCUACAAGUUGAUACCUAGACUUAAAUUUUCAGACGAAAUGUAUGGUUCCCAAAAUAUUUUUUGUGAAGGAACAUCAUAUCAUAUUGAUAAAGUAUAAUUAGUUAAUCAGUAAAAUCAUAACCUUAGCUCAAAGCGUAUCAGGUGCUACAACCGUGGCUAAUCUUGGAGCUACACAUGAACGGGGAGUUCAACGGUAAAAUACAGGAGUGCUCAAGGCAUCCAUAUGCAACCCAGUGCUCUGUGUUUUUACCAAAAUAUAAAAUAUCAGCAAGUCUACAGCGACAAAGCCUUUGAGUGGUGCCGGAUCCCCCAGUUGUAGACCUGGUUCAGUACAAUAAUAAACGGCAAACUGUUCCUUACGGCAAGGCGAUGAAGAAGUAAACAGAAGAAUAAAACAAAAAUAUCU